UUUUUUAAGUAGAUCAGUUUUCACUUUUUACAGUGUGUAAUCCAGUUACAUGCAACUUCCUCUGAGUGACAACACAAAAAAAUUCAAGUGUCAUUUUAAAAUACCUGUUGUUUUGCAAUAUAUUCACUUCUUCUUUGACCAAUAAUUGGGGUUUAAGUAAAACCUGUUUGACAGUUAUUCUGGUAGUGUAAUUAAAAUGCCUGUCCACAUAUUUCAUGCAAUACAAUAGACAUUCAUUACUGUUAUCAUAUUGGUCAUUUUUAUUUAAAAUCAUUACUUAUGAUUUUGCUUGUUUUUUAUUUUCUGCAUUCCUCUCUUCAAGUGAGAGAGGAAAUUGCCACUGUAAAAAAAAUAAAGUUCAUUUAUAAUUAAAAUAGGACAAUUGUAUACAAAUGAAAACAUGUCACUUUGUUAUGUAAAAUAUAAAGCAUCAUGCUCCACCUUUUGAUCAAGUUCUGUUAUUUCCAAAUUCUGAACACAGUCUUCCCUCUUUAGUGACUCACUGACUGGAUUUACAUCAGUCUGCUGUUGUCUCUCUAAGAACUUACUUGUCACCCAGUUAGAAUGGAAGAGGAGGUGUGUUAUUCAACAGUCAUCUUUAAAUCAUUUGAAAAUGACAAAUCUAAAGAGCUACAGUCAGAUGACUCGAUUUAUGCCGAGGUAAAGAAAAAAGAAAUUACUUCAGAGAUUUCUCCAGAGUCUUCAGAGAAAGAAGUGUCCACGCCAAUCUCUCCAUCACAUAGACGAGCCACAUUGGUUCUCGGGUUGCUCUGUUUUCUUCUGCUCUCAGCCUUAACAGCGGUCAGCAUCCUCUAUUACAAUCAUGUGACUGCCUACAAAAAAAUUCUGACCCUGUACACUGAAGAGAUGACGGUCAACCAUAAAUUACUGGCACACAAUGAGCUUCUGGAGACAGAGAAAAGGGGGCUUAUAACAGAGGACGAAGAGCUUAACAGCACAUUGAGCUUCAUAUUAAAACAAAACACCCUUUCUGUAGAGCACUACUGUCAAUUCACUGGGAAUAGGGUCCAGUGUAAACCCUGUCCUAAAAACUGGAUACAAAAUGGCUCCAGCUGUUACUAUUUCCAUUUAGGGGGAGACUGGAAUACAUGGACAAACAGUCAAAAAAUCUGCAAGGGGUUUGGCGCUCAUCUGGCCAUAAUAGACAAUGUGGAGGAACAGGAAUUUAUCAAUCAGCACACUGAAUACUAUUAUGACGAAUAUCAUGGGUACUGGAUUGGACUCUCUGAAAAAUCUGAACAAGGAGGGACUUGGGUCUGGACCAGUGGAGCAAAGCUUGAGGGAGGAUUCUGGAUUUACAGACCCAUAUACAGAGAUGCAUGUGUUCUGUCAAUGGCCAGCACUAAUCCAAUCAAAAGCUGGCAGGCAGCGAGUUGUCACAUGUAUAACAGGUGGAUCUGCGAAUUGAAUGUUUUAAGAUGGCCAGAUAUCCUCAACUUUGAAUAAACCAACUCUCACAGAAACUGUUUUUGUGGAAAUUAGAUUUCCUGCUUCCAUUUUAAACAAUUAAUGAUCUAUUUUUAAGGCACACGUCUAGGAAUAAGUUGCAAAAGUUAUACAGUUGGACUUUAAUAAGGACACUAACAUCCAGAUCUGUUUGCACUGCUGGCCAACAUACAUCAGAGCUGCUCCAUCUUUACUACUAGUUAUUUUAUUAUGUACUUGUUUG